CUGACUCUCACGGCCGUACGAGCCGCCUGCGAAGAGGAGGAAGGCGGACGGCCCUGCUCUCUCCAACACCCGCAGCAGGGCCGGGGAGCAGCGCCCGCCUCGCCCCUCCCUGCCUGCCUGGCGGGAACGCCCGCUCCCAGCGCUGCCCGAGGGCGGAGGCCGGCGCGCGGCCGUCCCGGGCAGGUCCCAUCAGCGCCCCGCGGCUGCUUCACGGGGUCACUGUGCUGGUUUCCCGGUGUCAGGCAGUCCCCAGCUCACUGCUGGUAGGGCUGGGCGGUGUUUUCUUCACCUGCCCUGUGGGAAAACGAAGGGUUUUGAAGCUCCCAUCCGUCUGAGCAGUGCCUUGUCCUCGUUUCUUCCUUCCCUGCACCCAAAAGAGAAAAGAUGCCUUUUUAAGAUCUGCCUUUGCACACGGGGAGCGUGUGGCGGUAUCUGAAUUGGAAGGAUUUUUGCCUACUGGAAGAAUGCAGUGAAACUGCCAAUAUUUCUAGCUGGAAUUAUACAUUUAAUAUUCAACUUUAGUCUUACUAGUUUCUUACUAAAUAGUACCUCAAAGUAGAAGAAAGAUGUACGGAAGUGCAAGAACAAUCAGCAACUUAGAAGGAAGUCCUUCCAGGUCUCCUCGUUUGCCAAGAUCUCCUCGCCUGGGCCAUAGGCGAACAAGUAGUGGAGGAGGAGGAGGAACAGGUAAGACGUUAUCAAUGGAGAACAUCCAGUCCCUUAAUGCAGCCUAUGCAACAUCUGGACCAAUGUAUCUGAGUGACCAUGAAGGUGUAGCUUCUACUACUUUCCCAAAGGGCACAAUGACUCUUGGAAGGGCUACAAAUCGAGCUGUGUAUGGUGGUCGAGUCACAGCUAUGGGAAGCAGUCCUAAUAUUGCUUCAGCUGGACUGUCCCACACAGAUGUCCUUUCUUACACUGAUCAACACGGAGGUCUGACCACAUCUUCACACCAUCAUCACCAUCAGGUUCCUUCUAUGCUGAGACAGGUUAGAGAUAGUACUAUGUUAGACCUGCAGGCUCAGCUUAAAGAACUACAGAGGGAGAAUGAUCUUCUCAGAAAAGAACUAGACAUUAAAGACAGCAAGCUGGGAUCCUCCAUGAAUAGCAUCAAAACUUUCUGGAGUCCUGAAUUAAAGAAAGAAAGAGUAUUGAGGAAGGAAGAAGCAGCCAGAAUGUCAGUUCUUAAAGAGCAAAUGAGAGUUUCCCAUGAAGAAAAUCAGCAUCUGCAAAUGACAAUCCAGGCACUUCAAGAUGAGCUUAGAACCCAGAGAGACCUUAAUCAUCUUCUCCAGCAAGAAAGUGGAAACCGAGGUGCUGAGCAUUUUACUAUUGAGCUAACAGAGGAGAAUUUUCGUAGACUUCAAGCAGAACAUGAUAGGCAAGCAAAGGAGCUUUUCCUGUUAAGAAAAACUCUAGAAGAAAUGGAGCUGAGGAUUGAAACACAAAAACAAACACUAAAUGCUAGAGAUGAAUCAAUAAAAAAGCUUCUGGAAAUGUUGCAAAGUAAAGGUUUGCCCUCUAAAGGAAUGGAAGAUGAUAAUGAGAGAACUCGAAGGAUGGCAGAAGCUGAAUCUCAGGUUAAUCAUUUAGAAGUGAUAUUAGACCAGAAGGAGAAGGAAAACAUACAUCUUAGAGAGGAAUUACAUAGAAGAACUCAACUUCAGCCCGAGCCAGCAAAGACGAAGGCUCUUCAAACAGUUAUUGAAAUGAAGGAUACAAAAAUAGCUUCACUUGAGCGCAAUAUAAGAGACCUUGAAGAUGAAAUACAGAUGUUAAAGACAAAUGGAGUUCUGAAUACAGAGGAUCGAGAAGAAGAAAUCAAACAAAUAGAAGUUUACAAGAGUCACUCAAAGUUCAUGAAAAAUAAGAUUGAUCAGCUGAAACAAGAACUCUCAAAGAAAGAAUCAGAACUUCUUGCCUUACAAACUAAGCUUGAAACCCUUAGCAAUCAGAAUUCAGAUUGCAAGCAACACAUUGAAGUGCUUAAAGAGUCACUUACUGCCAAAGAACAGAGAGCUGCCAUACUUCAGACAGAGGUUGAUGCCUUGCGGUUACGAUUGGAAGAAAAAGAAACAUUUCUCAAUAAAAAAACAAAACAACUUCAAGACCUCACAGAAGAGAAAGGAACCCUGGCUGGAGAGAUUCGAGAUAUGAAAGACAUGUUGGAAGUAAAAGAAAGGAAAAUUAAUGUCCUUCAGAAAAAGAUUGAAAAUCUACAGGAGCAACUUAGGGACAAAGACAAACAACUAACUAAUCUAAAGGACAGAGUGAAGUCAUUGCAGACAGAUUCUAGUAACACAGACACAGCACUAGCAACCUUAGAAGAAGCUCUAUCAGAAAAGGAAAGAAUAAUAGAGCGCUUGAAGGAGCAAAGGGAGCGAGAUGACAGAGAAAGACUUGAAGAAAUUGAAUCUUAUAAAAAAGAAAACAAAGACUUGAAGGAGAAAGUGAAUGCUUUACAAGCUGAGCUGACAGAAAAAGAGUCUAGUUUAAUCGAUCUCAAAGAACAUGCAUCUUCAUUGGCAUCAGCAGGGCUGAAAAGAGACUCCAAACUUAAGUCUUUAGAAAUAGCCAUAGAACAAAAGAAAGAAGAGUGUAGUAAGUUGGAAGCACAGUUGAAAAAGGCUCAUGAGGCCGAAGAGGAGGCACGAAUGAAUCCAGAAUUUGCAGACAGAAUGAAACAGCUUGACAAGGAGGCAUCAUACUAUAGAGAAGAAUGUGGCAAAGCUCAGGCUGAGGUUGACAGACUUCUAGAAAUUCUCAAGGAAGUAGAGAAUGAGAAGAAUGACAAAGAUAAGAAAAUUGCUGAGUUAGAAAGACACAUGAAGGACCAGAAUAAGAAGGUUGCCAAUCUGAAGCACAAUCAGCAACUGGAGAAAAAAAAGAAUGCACAACUGUUGGAAGAAGUUCGUAGACGAGAGGACAACAUGACAGACAACUCUCAACAUUUACAAGUGGAAGAACUGAUGAAUGCAUUGGAAAAGACUAGACAAGAAUUAGAUUCUACCAAAGCCCGUCUUGCCUCAACACAGCAGUCUUUGGCUGAGAAGGAAGCACAUCUGGCUAACCUAAGAAUAGAGAGGAGAAAACAACUUGAAGAAAUUCUAGAAAUGAAACAGGAAGCAUUGCUUGCUGCAAUUAGUGAAAAAGAUGCAAACAUUGCCUUGCUUGAACUGUCUGCUUCGAAGAAAAAGAAGACUCAGGAGGAAGUAAUGGCUCUUAAAAGAGAGAAGGACAGAUUAGUACAUCAGUUAAAACAGCAGACACAAAACAGAAUGAAACUGAUGGCUGAUAACUAUGAUGAUGACCAUCACCACUACCACCACCACCACCAUCACCACCAUCACCGAUCUCCUGGGAGGCCACAACACUCCAACCACAGACCCUCUCCAGAUCAGGAUGAUGAGGAGGGUAUAUGGGCAUAGCCGUUCCUAUAAACCAAAGUUCCAGUUUUAUUUUGAGGGAUGAUCCAGUCACUGUUGGAGGCACAUAGCCACGGCAAAAUCUCAUGCUGUACAUUGAUCACCUGUCCAACCUUUGCCUAGAGUGUGAUCCCCAGUUCCUUCAAGAGAUCCAUCUUUACCUGUCUAUAAAGAAGAAGAGGAGGAGGGAGACAUCUGGGAUAUUCAAGUAUCAAAGUUUAACACCAGAGCAGUUGUCAGAGGAACUAGUGAAAGAGGAAGAAAAAAUGUAGCACUGGAAAGUAACGAUGAUAAUCUAUUGCAUUGGAUCUCCAAACAUGACCAUGAUAUCCUGGAGAAGAUCACAGAUGCAGAAAAUGAAUGCUAAGACCUGCUGCAGUUUUCCACGACUGUCUUGUUCUGUGUUCAGACAGCGCUGGUAUCGGGGCUCUUGUCCCGCUCCGAUGGAAGCACACCGGUGGUGUUCCCUCACACGAUCCUUCCUGCACUGAGGGCAGCUCCUCCUUGCUCCCAAAGGACACAAAGUACCAUAUGCAGUCCUUGAAAACUGUUUUGAAGGAAUCUGUGAUUCUUCAUCUGCUUUGCCAUCUUCUCCAAAGGUGUGUUGAGGACUUCGCACAACGUGGAAGGAGGCACAUAAGACAAAGAACGCUCCCCCCAGAACUAUUCUGGUCUCAGGGACAGGACUGUCAAUAUCCAAUCCUCUACAAAUGGCAAGUAUUAAGUCCAGUAUAUUGAAGAGAUUCACCCUAC